ACCAUUGUGCAUCAUGCUUUUGAUUAGGAAGAAAAUGGAAACAAAAAUCUUCUGUUUCUGAACUUAGUAUUAAGCUCACCGUGCUUUUGAUUGGAUGGGAUAAAACCUUUUUCUUUUUUUUUUUUUAAUUUCUCCUUCUUCUCUUAAUCAUAAUCUUUCUUGUUUUGCACAAAAUUCACAGCUAUUUUUAAAUUUGAUUCUAUCGAUUUUUCCUUACAUAAUGGUGUCAAUAAUUUAAAUAAGAGUUACACACAGAAAUUGUACAUUAAUGGAUUGGAGAAUUUAAUUAGGAAACAUCAUUGACAUCGCCGUAAAUAUCAUGUUAAUUCAUGCAACUGUCAAGCACAUGUGUCGCAAACUAAUUGGCAGGUACAGAGGACACAGGAAAACUUGGAUACAGAGGAUCUGCUCCCCCUGCUAAUCAUUAAUAGGGAGAAGAGCUCAUCAUUAAUGCACCAAAUCAAUGGUAAAUAAGAUCCUUACCAUUAGUAUUGGUAGAUUUUUACAUAAUUAAAAGUAGGCGUUUAUCAUCAAUAUGAGAAGAUUUUUACACAAAUAAAUGAAUGUGCACCAUUAAUAUACUAAAUUAAUACUAUAUGGUUUAUCAAAUUAGACUGUCUAGAUUUAUUUUACUUUUUAAAUUGUAAAUGUUGUUUGAAAAUAUGAAAUCAAAUCUCAACCAAUCAGAACCAAAAUUUUUGUGGAUCGCCCAAUGUAAAGGAGGAUGAGCGGCUGAGCCCGACCUUUUAAAAAUUGAAUUGAUUUUAUAAAGAUUGUGCGGCCACAUAAUGGAGAGGGUAAGAUAAGUGCAACUAUUUAAGAGCAUAUCCUAUACGUAGUCCCCAAAUGAAGACUAACUCUUUUAUAUGAAAGAGGACUCGUUCAUAUGAAUGAAGGGUACACUAAACGGGGGAAAGUUCCCUGUUAAAAAAAACAGAAAACUAAAAACCUACUUAGACAGAGGACUUUUCCUCGUCAAAAAAAAAAACUAAAAAAUCUCCUAAAACGGGGGACUUUCUCCCGUCAAAAAGAAAAAAAAAGCUAAAAAAGCUCCUAAAACGAAGGACUUUCCGCGUCAAAAAAAAAAAGAAGCUAAAAAAACUCCUAAAACGGGGGACUUUCCCCCGUUUAGUUUAGAAAUUUCCAAAUUUUUUUUGACGGGGGACCGCCCCGUCUAAUGUUUCACUACCAAUUGAACGAGUGCAUGAACGUGUUUGGGAGGAAAAUGGGGUAAAGACUAUCCAUAGAAGUCUCUAAUCUACUCAAAUUGGUAGUGCACUCUUUCAUUUGAAAGAGUGACACUGCCCAUAAAAUUUGCUCUACGGUCGAGAGAUGAAUUGGAGUGUUUAAGGUGGUUGAUGAUACAGAGCAUGUUAUCUAAAUUAACAAAUACGAGUAUUUCAAAGAGAGCAACGCAAAAUGCCCUUCGACCUUCGUCCAUAUUCGAGCAACGCGAUCUUGGAUGGAGUUGGACGUGUUAAAAUAGAGGCCAUGAAAUUUCAGAACCAAACCGGAACCAUUUUAUCUUUUCCGUUUCUGGAAUAUAGGUAUGUUCCGGUUCGUUGACCAGGGUUUUAAUAAAACCCAAGGAUGCGCAUUUCGCAAGUGUCGCAGAUUAGAACCAAUUUGAUCUCCCAACUCAACCUACCUCCACCACACGCCGCCACAAUUCCCAAUUGAGAUUUCUAUCCUCGUCAAAUUUGAUCACAUCAAUCAACUCCGUUUCUCUUUCUAUUUAGAUACGUAGAGACGUGAGAGAGCUCAAUCAUGGCGUCUUCUACGAUUGCUGCAGGCUCAGCUACAUCGUCUUUCAUUAAAAAGAAUGAAAUGGGUUUAUCGUCAUUCACUCCAACUUCGUUUCGUACACAUAGCUGUAAAAGAGCUUUUUCUAAGAAAGUUGUUUCAGUAAUGUCACCUCCACAAUCUGGGCAUAGACCUUCGACGACUGGUUCAGUGAAAACUGCUAUGACUAUGACUGAGAAGAUAAUGGCAAGAGCGUCUGAGAAAUCCCAAGUGGUUCCAGGAGAGAAUGUAUGGGUCAACGUUGAUGUUUUGAUGACUCAUGAUGUUUGUGGACCUGGAACUAUUGGGAUAUUCAAGAAAGAAUUUGGAGAAAAUGCCAAGGUUUGGGAUCGUGAAAAGAUUGUAAUUAUACCUGAUCACUAUAUAUUCACAAGUGAUGAACGUGCAAAUCGUAAUGUGGACAUCUUGAGGGAUUUCUGUGCGGAGCAAGAUAUCAAAUACUUUUAUGAUAUCAAGGAUCUUGGAAAUUUCAGGGCUAACCCUGAUUACAAGGGUGUCUGCCAUGUUGCUCUUGCCCAAGAAGGUCACUGCAGGCCUGGAGAGGUUCUUUUGGGUACAGACUCUCACACGUGCAAUGCUGGAGCUUUUGGGCAGUUUGCUAGUGGAAUAGGAAACACUGAUGCUGGUUUUGUAAUGGGCACUGGAAAAUCCCUUCUAAAGGUGCCUCCGACUUUACGAUUUAUAUUGGAUGGGGAGAUGCCAAGUUACUUGCUUGCUAAGGAUUUGAUUUUGCAAAUUAUUGGUGAAAUAACUGUUGCUGGGGCUACAUAUAAAUCGAUGGAGUUUGUUGGCUCUGCUGUUGAAAGUCUAACUAUGGAAGAAAGAAUGACGUUGUGUAACAUGGUUGUGGAAGCUGGGGGAAAGAAUGGUGUUGUUCCUGCUGACAGUACUACAUAUAAAUACCUUGAGGGAAAGACGUCGGUGGAGUUUAAUCCAGUUUAUAGUGAUGAUAAUGCAAGAUUCCUUCAACAAUACGCAAUUAACGUCUCAAAGUUGGAGCCGUUGGUUGCCAAGCCACAUUCUCCCGACAAUCGUGCUAUGGCAAGAGAAUGCAAGGAUGUAAAAAUUGACAGGGUAUAUAUAGGCUCAUGUACUGGUGGAAAGACCGAGGAUUUUCUAUCUGCAGCAAAAGUUUUCCUUGCUUCGGGCAAAAAGGUCAAAGUGCCAACUUUUCUUGUUCCUGCCACCCAAAAGGUCUGGAUGGAUUUAUAUGCCAUGGAAGUUCCUGGAUCAGGCGGCAAGACAUGCUCACAGAUAUUUGAAGAGGCAGGUUGUGAUACCCCUUCAAGUCCCAGUUGUGGAGCUUGUUUAGGUGGGCCUAGAGAUACCUAUGCACGUAUGAACGAGCCCAAGAUAUGUGUGUCGACAACAAACAGAAACUUCCCCGGUAGAAUGGGACACAAGGAAGGGGAGAUAUAUUUGGCUUCCCCUUAUACUGCAGCAGCAUCUGCUUUGACAGGUUAUGUCACCGACCCAAGAGACUACUUGCAGUAAAAUCCUAUGUAGCCUUUCAUCACUUGUUGUAUGAGUUUCAUCAGAUUUAUUUGAAGAUUUUUGUAGUUGUGAUCAUUUCAUGGAGAUGGAUCUUAAAUAAAACUUAAAAAGACAAAUCAAGUUGUUAUCUAGGAAUGCGUAUGCUAGAGUCUCCUUUUAAGUGUCUUCACUCUAAAUCUAAACAGAAUAAUCUCAUUUGUGAAAUUAUGAAAUGUUGUCUUUCGUUUCUUGA